AUGAAGUUAUCGAAAUUCAAGCAGAAAAAGAUCAAUAUUGUUCUUGUUUUAUUGAUAAUUAUCUAUUUUCUUUAUAUUUUUCGUGAUCAAUUUUUUAUUUCAUCUUCAUGCUUGCAUCUUUAUGAGAGUAAUUCCUUCGAAAAAUGUGCUUUAUCAACCGAAACGUGUAACAUAUCAUUAUUAUUGAAUUCCUACCUAUUGUACCGAACUUGUAUUCUUAAAUCUUCAUCUUCGCAUGCAAAUUAUGUUGUGUUUGAUGCUGUCAAUGGUUUAGGUAAUCGUAUUCUUGGGUUGAUAUCUUCUCUCACUUAUGCUCUCGUCACAAAUCGAGUCCUUCUAAUCAACUGGAAACCAGGUGAUAAUCAUGAUGCAAAUUUCGAAGAUCUAUUCUUAUCAUUAUCAUCAUUAAAUGAAAGUAGCUUUGUUCAUCAAUAUUCAUUAGCACGAUUGAUGAGUUUGGUUAAGAAUCGAUGGAUGAAUGAAAUUCAUUGGCAAAUCAACAGUAAUAGUCGAAUACCACGAGAUUGGGCUUUUUACUUUGACGAAAUGAUGUUAUGUGAUGAUAAAAUUGUCGAUAGUCGUUCAUGGUUUCAACGAUUUGGAUUCUAUUUGAUCAAUUUAUUGACUAAUCAUGUGCAAUGGAUUCGAACUGAUCAAUAUUUUGUUCCGAUAUUAACACGAAAUGAAAGAUUGAGACAAAGUUUUCAAAACCUUUUCCACAAUGGACAAAUCUUCAAUGAAUUGGUCAGAAGAGUUUUACAACCAAUACCAAAAGUCAACUUAAUUAUUCAAGAAUUCGAAAAGAAAUACAAUUUUCCGACCAGAAAUAUCACAAUUGGCGUUCAUAUGCGCAGUUGGUCAUCGCACAUAGUUGACCAUAUCGAACCCUUCCAAAAAUGUAUUGAAAACGUUAUAGAAAAUCUCACAAAGUUUAAUAACGAAGUGAAAAUUCAUUUAUAUAUCAUAUCGAAUACUCGUCAACGUCGACAAAAUCUAAUCAAUCAAAUUUCGAAUAUUUAUCAAAAUACAUCCAUUGAAAUUCUUAAUCCAUUCGACAUGUCACACACAACGAAUAUGGUUGAAAAGAUGCAAUACACAUUAGCAGAAUUACUUAUUUUAUCCAAAAUGAAAUAUUUAAUCACAACAUCGAAAUCCACAUUCGGUAUGAUUGCUCAAGGUUUAGCACGUAAAGGUGCUUGGAUAGUAAAACAAGGUGCAAAUAAUGAAAUUCAAUCUGUUGAUUCAAACCUGUGUCAAUGGGAAUCAACAAGUGAACCCGAAUAUCACAUGAUGGAUUCAUCUUUAUUUAAGAAUAGUUGUUUGCAAAAUGAAGGUCCAAUGCCAAGUAUUGGAGAGAGAAGGAAUCAAUGA